AUGGUACUCGGCCUCGCCUUAAUGGGCGCCAUGGCCCCAGCAAUGAUAAACAUGGACCAAGGCUCCAAGGACCCUGAAGCCAGACGCCAACACGCGAAGAGACAACGAGGCCAUCUCCUCACAGAAUGUUACACAAACGAAGAAACGGCGGAACAGCGAGACCAAGUGCACAAUGGACGGGUAUAUCUCGACGAAGAUGGAAAGUUGUACGUAACCAAGCACGCGACCCCAACAAUGACUCCCUUCGACGGUCACUUCUAUACGCACCCCGACUUCCCGCCAGAUAAUAAAUCCGGACUGAUUACGUUAAGCGGGGAGACGCCGCCUCUCGCUCGUUGGGUGUUUCUAGAUGCCGAGACGAAUGAGAUGCGCUUUGGAGGGAAAGGGGAUACACAGGGCCAUAUCUGUGGGCCGUUUGAUCUACUCGAUGUCGAGAGUGGAUACGUUACGCUGGAACGACGGCAAAGAUGGCUGGCUGUGAAGUUGCCGGAACAGCAAGCCCGAGAGAAGGAGGCAUUGGAGCUGGGGAUUGCUGGGUCUGAAGGUGGAGUAGGAGGGUCGUGGACGUUGUACUUUGAUCGGGACGAGUAUGUGCUGCCGGAGGGGACGCAGUGGGUGAAGCUUCGUUUAAUGCAUGUUCCAGCGGGGAGGUAG